AAUAGCAGGAGUGCAGCGCCCGCUCGCCUUGUGGGCUCGUCCGGCUCCAUAGAAACGGUCAGUCAGUGACAUGACACGUCUGGUGACGAAAACAAGAGCCCCGGGCCGUACCCCUCUCUCCGCUCCCUGGCAGCAUGUCUACCCUCGCCUCCUGCCUCCAGCCCUUCCGGCACCGGCGUCCUCCUGCCUAGCUAGCGUGUGAAUUGCUGAGGGGUGGUUUUUUUUAAGCACUUUAACAGUAGGUCUCCCUGCUUGCUCUCCAGAGCAGGGACCGCCUCUGCUAGAUGUUUGUACAGUACUCUGGCCUCUAGAGGAAAAGAGCAGAAGCUCAACUUUUUUCCAUUGCAGGUUACCUUAGUGCUUUCCAUCAGCUUGCCCCAGAGCCAGGAUUUGCUAUAGUCGGUCCUGGUUCACUUUUUUUUCUUAAAGCUCUGCUAUGCCAAAGAAACCACUAAAAAGUAUCGCACCUGUCUUGCUAUCAGACAGAAAAAAAAUAUAUAUAUAACUUUGAAAUGUUAAGAACUUCAGUUACACUAAUAACCCAGUUUUCAAGGGUAAAAACUAUUAGUCUUUAACAUUGGGAUUUUUAAAAGCACUCAGUAUUGGCUGAACUCUGCUCUUAUGAAGUCAGUGGUAAAAGUCCCAUUGACUUCAGUAAGAUCAGUGUUUAGCUAACAUGGAAUGCUUUUGAAAAUUCCCUUCUAAAUGGUUUGAGAUAGUGGCUUUUAAUCGCCUUUAAUAUGAAGGGAGUGAUAGGAGAGCAAAAUAAUAAUGUUUCAUGCCCUGCCAGGAAUAUAUGAGUACAGUUUGUUCUGGUACAAAUCUUUUCAGAACCAUAAUAUUUUCUAGGAAUUAGUGCUGGAUCAGAAAGAAAAGUUGAUUAUUUUUUGUUCUUUUAAUUUCUCUCUUCCUCUGCUGCUGUUAAAUUUGUAACUAUGAAAACAUUUUAAGAUACUGUCUUUCAUAGAAACUAUGAAGUACAGUUUGAUUUUGAACAUUAGGCAUUAUCAAAAUUGCUGAUUUAUUCUAGGUCAUUAAGGCUUUCAGCAGCUGCAGUUGUAUUCUUUCAGGAGACAAUAAAACAAGCAACAUGAAGUCUGUAUUAGUGGCCCUAUAAUUCAGUCUAUCUUAAAAUAUUGUACCCAUUGAUUCUUCUUAGCACAUCUGCAUUGUGCCUCAGGGGGCACGUGAUCAGGCUUCAUCACUGAAUUUGGUCUGGUGGUUGGAUCAUUAGCACAGCCCUGAAAAUCUGCAGUUAUCUGCUUUAUAUCUGCAGAUCAUGUUUGCAGAUUGGAUGCAGAUAUACAUUUUGUAUCUGUGCAAGGCUCUAAUCAUUAGUUUCCCUUGGUCUGGGUGCUGAUGGGGAGUGCAACACAAAUGCUGAUCCAUGCUGCCCACCCAUUGACUGACAGAUUCUAUAAUUUCCAUUCUUAUUCUUGUUCCAUUUUGUUACUUGGGAUGAGAUGAAGACUAUCUGAAAAUUCCCAUUCUGCUCUUAAGUAACCAUCUUUGUGUAAAAUGGCUUGAUUUAGCAUUGUUAUUAGCUCAAGUAAGGGGAAAGUGCGGACUUCUCUUCUAGUAUUGUUACAAGAAUGGUGAUGGGCCACAGAAUCUGUGAAUUGCACAGUUGGGAACAUGAUUUUCCAUAUAUCUCUCUAAACAGUACAAAGACUGAGAAGAAUGAAUUUAUAGGUAAAGGUUCUGAGCCACCUUGUGGUGAGUGUGUAGAAUUUAAAAAGUUGAAAGACAAGACACUUUAAAACUGGAAUUCAUAAUGAAAAAGGCACAGCUUGAGAGACAUUGUCAUGAGAAAAAGCAUGAAUAUAUGUUAUCUUCUAAUACAUGUUUUUGAUUCAGUUGUAAAUACCUUUAUGUUGAAAGAAAAUGUAUCCUAAUUUAAUAUCUGUUUAGCUGCUAACAGCAUAAUCAGCAUAUUAUGAUUUUUCAAAAAUACCUUUUGGGGACCAACUACAAAAGUAUCCUAUGAGCUAUUUCAACUUGUCUCUACUGCUCCGACUGUUAAAAUAUAACAACCCUAACCCGAAUGUUAAAAUAUACUAAGUAUUCUCAUUAACUCUUCAGCUACGUUUUAAUAGCUAGUCUAAUCAUCAUAUCUUUUUCCGUAAUCUUUACAGCUUUCCCAUGUUUUAUGUCUUGCCGUGUGCCUUUUCUUAUGUUUGAUUACUUUUAAACCUUACUUAUAUUGCUGUCUACAGAGCCAGCCAGUGAUUUCAAGAAGUUAGAGCAAUUGCCAGUGUUAGCUGUGUUCCUUUGGUUGUGUUUUAAUUGAAGUCUCAGCAAUUGAUAAUGAUGAUUAAGAUCCCAAUGGUGAAGAUCUGAAUAUCUGCAGUAAGCCUUUGGAUUGCUUUGUUUCACCAAAGCAAUGGCUUGUCAAGAGUUUACUAUCUUGUACACUCAUCAGAAGACAAAGAAAUCAAAAGUUUGGCAAGAUGGAGUUUUGAAGACCAGUAUUGGAGGAAAUAAGGCAACUUUAUUCGAUGACAGAGGACAAUGUUUGGAGAGUGUAUUUGUUAAAUCUCAGGUGAAACCUGGAGAUGACUUAGAAAGUGAUCGAUAUUUGAUCACAAUUGAAGCAGCAAAAGUUACUGAAAACUGUGGUAGUGAGCAGCCAAAGAAAACAGAAGCUCCUAUAUUGAACAGAAAUAGUUUGAAGCCCACUGGUCUAUCUUUGCCACAUCUACCUGUUGGCUUGAAAAGGAAACAUACUGGCUUCCAGGGGCCACGUCAAGUUGAAAAGAAAAUGGUGCCAAUGGAAGAUGAUGCUGCAAUAAUAUCCCCUUCAUCUAAGUGGUCUCAGUCUUUCUUUCCAUCUCAGUUGCAUAUCACCUCUCCUUUAUUUUCUACUACUUGCAAGAAAGAUGCAGAAACUAAUUUACCGUCACACUCUAAUAAUGAUGCUUGCGCAAGUAGCAAUAGAGACGGUAUGUCUGUCUCCUCACUGGUUUCCACUUCUUAUAUUGGCAUUCCCAAAGAAGUGAUACACAAUGGAAACCACAGCAUCUCCAUUUCUGAACAGAUGGAAUCAAAUUGUCAGAUAAUCAAUGGUGAGGCAGUCUCACAGAACAUCAGGAGCAAAGCACAGAUUAUAGCACUUCUGAAAUCCAAGCCAACACAACUGUGCAAAGAGCAAAAACCUUCUGAAAUCACACAGUGUUUUUCUGGAUGUCAGCCAUCAGAAAGCACAGGCAUUUUAUUUAAACGAAAGAGUGAAACUCUAUCUGAACAUAUGGAUAACUCUGACAGAGAAAGCACCAAGAAUAUACAGCACCGGUAUACUACAAAGAAAAUAACUAAUAAUCAUUGGGAUGUUUAUAUGCUGCCAAAUUCAGUGGAACUGUCUUGUGAUGAAGAAGUCACAGAAAGGAGACAUGACAAAAGAACUAAUUUAGGUUUGGAUUUACAAGACCCUUACAAUCCAAAGGUUUCACAGUUUGAGACAGCUUUUGUGCAGCCUGUUGAAAAAGAGCUAAAUUACAGUUGCAUGAAACUAACAGAUCAUGAGAGGCAAUACAGCUGGGAUUGUAAAAUAGCUUCUCAAGCAUCUGCAUCCAGCAGAAGUGACUGGGCAAUUCAACUGUCAACUAUUAAUGAAAGUUCUGGCAAAGACCAACCAAAUACUUGUGUAUUAUCUGAAUCAAACAUAAAUAAAGAGAGUAACAUUCAAUUUGUCUCAUCUUCGGAAGAGAUUUAUUCUAGAAGCACAAAUGGGUCCAUUACCUUUGAAACAAAUCUCCCCAAAUCCAAUGAACAUGCAGUAACUGAGAGUCUUAAAGAUUCAGCAGUUUCUUCUGCUCAGUCACAAGGUCAGCUUCUGCCAAGAAUAAAUUCAGGAAGUGUAGUUAAUGAAUCUAGGAUUUCUGGGGAAGUAACAUGGGCUGGUCCUGGAGUUAUAAAUGAGGAAUUAACUGUAUGUGGAGAUGUUAGUGAUAAAGCUGAACAGUUCAUGGAAAUUAACUUCAAUCUGUUGGAUGCUUUUGAUUUUAGUGACACAGAAGAUAAAGUAGUUUGUGAAAGUAAUAUGUUUUCACAGGGUUCAGCAUGCUUGACAAAGGGAGCUAUGGCACAAAAUGGCGAGAGGAGGGUUCAUAGGAACUGUGAAGUAAUGCUACAUAGUAAUGAGGAAAGAGUUGUCAAAUAUUCAACAAUGCUGGGAGAGAGAGAUGAUAAUCAGAUCAGAGAGUCUCUGCCAUUAAAACUUUGUGAUGAAACCUAUGAAGAUUUUGACAAGAGCAUGAAAGAUGCUCCAACUCCUUCUUUGAUUGAAUUGGGACACUCAGAAGCUGAAAACAUUGUAAAAGGGAUGAGUGCAAGUACAUUAAAUAUUGAAACCACUGGCAGUAAGAAAGGCUUUGAUUUCUCACCAGUGUGUACUGUUAGUGACUUACUAGUGAAUAAAAAGUGCUCUGAUGAUUUUGUGCACAGUGGAGUCAGUAAUUGUGAAUGUGAUGCUAAGAACAACAAGUUUGAGAAAACUAAUAUUGUUUCAUAUAUUCCUGCUACUUUACAGACUUCUGUCAUGGACAAAAAUCCUGAAAAAGAUGUUCUACAUCUUGGAUGCACAAAUUCCCAGGAUAAUUCUUUAGAAAAUUACUUGGGUGCUAGUGGUGAUGACAUUAAACCAGUUAGUUCUUUACUAGCCUUACCACUAAAGGCUUGCAAUUCCAAUGACCCAUGCCAGUAUAUUACAAGUAAAUAUUGUAUUGCAUUUGAUACAUUAGAUAAAGAACAUACUCAGGUUUCCAGAACUGCCACUUAUCCUUUAACAAAAGGGCAUUCAUCUUCAAAGGGCGCCGGAAUAGGUGAAACGGAGUUUGAAAACGGAUCAAGCAUCAUGCCUUCAAUCCAUGAAGCCAGGGAAGGUGAAAGAAUGGGAACUGAUUGCUUGAAACAUUUGGAUCAAAUUGAUAAUUCCUCAGGGCUUCCUGAGUUGGCAAAUGGCAUCGCUCUUUUAAGAUCUUUGACUGAACAUAAGACCGCAUUAGAAAGCUUACAGAUGAUGGAGGACAAUAAUAGUUUGCUGUAUCGACGGGAGACUACUAAAGAGAAAAGUGAACCAGCUGAAGAAUUGGAAGCUAGGCAACAGUUAGCUGAAGUCUCUUAUUCAGAAGAUAUGCAGACAUCUUAUUUCUACUUUGACUCUCCUGAAUUGAUGCAAUCUUCCAUGAACAAAGGAGAGAAAUCUGUUGCUGCUCUCCUAGCUGUAGUACCAGGCCAGGAAACCUUUGUCCGCCAACCAAAGUCCCCAGGCUCAAGAAGUCUUACAGAAGAUGAUCUGAACUUUAUUACAGAAGAUAAUUUUCAGAAGAAAUCUGACUUUAUUGAAGACGCAAUCCCCAGUGCAUCUUCAGCGAUGUUGAAUUUUACAUCAUCUUCUCAUUCUGAUUUUAAUUUGGGACUGACACAGUGGACUUCUUGGGAGCCCAACAAGGUGUUCUCAUCAGUGCAGCAGGUUCCUUCGUUGAAUUCUGAUUCUAUGUCCCCAACUCCAAGGAGUGAAGAAAAUAGGAUAGAUGUACAAGAACAGAAGUCCCUGACAUCCAGAUGUUUGCCAAGUGAUAAAGAAAAUUCAGCAUACUUUUUCAGAAUAGAGGAGUCUUCCUGUUCAGGAGAUGGCAACCUCUCAAGACUCCCGUCCACACUUAGAACAAGAAUGCCACUUAUCACUGUUCCUUCCACUGAGGAGAUUCCUGACUCAGAAGUUUAUUAUUCAGGUGUAAUUGACUGUGAGGAAGUCCAGCAAUCCUUUGGUUCUCCAACAGUCAACUUUUAUGACAAGUCAGCAGAAUUUCCUGUCUGUGCUUUUGGGCCUGAGGACAAGAAGUAUGAAACUUCUGUGCCUGUAGAGUGCUUGGAAGAAAGACAAGGGGAGUUUAUACAGCCAGCGUUUUCUAAUGCGACUUCACAAAACAGACAAAGCAAGUGGCUGAAAUAUCAAAACACGGCUCAAUGUGAUUUGAUAACUCAAAACAGAGGUGAUGUGAAAGUGACUGAUUACUUCUGUGCUGAGAAUGUCUUUGGAAUGUCACUUGCUGACACUAGAGAGAGUCAGAGUGAUGCCAUGAAUAAAAGCCUUCCAGACUCUGUGCAUCUGCAAAUGAUAAAAGGCAUACUUGGUAAACACGGCCGAAAUUUUAGCAGCCAAGAUUCUGUUUCAGAAGGGAAGAUACUUUCUCUGCACUUAAACCAGAUUCCUAUUGCUGAAGAAGCACAAAAGGUGUUAGGUCAGCUGACUCACCGUGGCUUUUUAAUGCCUCAUUUUGUUACUUUGCAGGAUAUAUCUAUCUCUGAGCUGUCUUUUCCGAGUGGGGAUAAAGUAAAAUGUACUAAUCUUCCUAAAAGGCAGACAUAUAUACCUACUGUGUUUCAGUCUUAUGUUCAUUACAAACAGAUCUUUACAGCUGCUUUGACAGAGCAAUUAAAUAUAUUGCUUUUUGAGCUGUCACAAAGGCUACAUAAGGCUCUUUCCAAAGUGAACACAUCAUUUUGCACUUCAGUGAAAGAUGGUCAAGAGGAAAGUAAGGAAAACUGUGUUCCACUUUGCAAUCACAAGCAUCCAGCAAAGCUUGUUAUGGUUAAAAAAGAAGGUCAAAAUAAGGGUCGCCUUUUUUAUACCUGUGAUGCCCCAAAAGCUGACCAGUGUAAGUUUUUCAAGUGGAUAGAAGAAGUGAACCCAGGACAGCUAAAAUCCAGACCCAGUCUAGUGCUUCAUGAUAUAAAGAGUAUUGGAGCUUACCUCAGAUUGCAAAAGAUUUCUAUCUAUGAGGAAUGCCAACUUUUGGUGAGAAGAGCCUUUGAUGUUCAAAGAAAACAUUGCAGUAAGCUAAAGAAAUCAAUGAUUGCAAAUGCCAGAUUUGAUGGGGAUUCUAAAAGCAAGUUAUAUCUUAAAUUGAGCAGAAAGGAAUACUCCUCUGUGUACAGCAAAGAUGAUCUUUGGGUUGUUUCAAAGACUCUAUACUUUGAAUCCCUGGACACUUUCACUGCAUGUAGUGCUUUCUUUGGACCAUCAUCUAGCAAUGAAGUUGAAUUAUUGCCUCUGAAAGGCUAUUGUCCCUCAAACUGGUGCUCAAAUAUGAUUGUUUAUGCCUUGCUGGUUUGUAAUGCUAGCACUGAGCUCACAACUUUGAGAAAUAUCCUGGAGUACUUCAAUCCAGCUACUCUACCACUAAUGAAGUACCUACUAAAAACGCCUUUCAGAGUUGAACAUGCUAACAGAGUCAACAAAAGAAAAUUUAUUCCGCCAGCUUUAAAUACCAAGAGCACAAUGAAGUGUGGACUUCUCAGUCCAGAAGUAACACUGGGAUUGGCCCAAAAAAUGAUCCAGUUAUUCCAACUGAACCCAGAUCAAGCUUCAGCACUGAUUCAGAUAGCUCAGAUGAUGGCAUCACAUGAAAAUGAUGCACAAAUGGAAAAACAGGCCUUCCCUAUCACAAUCAUACAUGGUGUUUUUGGAGCUGGAAAGAGCUAUUUGCUGUCUGUUGUAGUCUUGUUCCUGGUACAGUUAUUUGAAAACAGUGAAGCAGCUGAAGGCUCAAGACCAACCCCAUGGAAACUUCUGAUUGCUUCUUCCACUAACGUUGCUGUUGAUAGGGUACUUCUUGGUCUACUGGAUCUUGGAUUUGAGGACUUUAUCAGAGUUGGAAGUGUUAGAAAAAUUGCCAAGCCAGUUCUUCCUUACAGCUUACAUGCAGGCUCUGGAAGUGAAAAUGAACAAUUAAAAGAACUGCUUGCCUUGAUGAAAAAAGAUUUAACUCCAGCAGAAAAAAUAUAUGUGAGGAAGAGUAUUGAUCAUCAUAAGCUGGGAACCAAUAAAGCUAUUCUGCAACAGGUGAGAGUGGUUGGAGCAACCUGUGCUGCCUGCCCAUUCCCUUCCAUGAAUGACCUUAAGUUUCCUGUGGUGGUGCUGGAUGAGUGCAGUCAGAUGACAGAACCUGUUUCUCUCCUUCCCAUUGCAAGGUUUGAGUGUGAAAAGCUGAUUCUAGUUGGAGACCCUAAGCAGCUUCCACCAACUAUUCAAGGGUCUGAAGGUGCUCAUGAUAAUGGAUUGGAGCAGACUCUCUUUGACCGGCUUUGCUUGAUGGGACAUGAUGCAAUCUUUCUUAGGACACAGUAUCGCUGUCACCCUGCUAUUAGUGCUGUAGUCAAUGAUCUGUUCUAUGAAGGAAAUCUGUUGGAUGGCAUUUCAGAGAUGGACAGAAGUCCACUAUUGGAUUGGCUUCCAACAUUAUGUUUCUUUAAUGUUAAUGGGACAGAGCAGAUUGAAAGAGAUAAUAGCUUUUAUAAUAUGGCAGAAGUUUAUUUUAUAAUCAAGCUUAUCCAGUCUCUGAUUGCGAGUGGAAUAGAGGGAUCUAUAAUUGGGGUGAUUACACUAUAUAAGUCACAGAUGUAUAAGAUUUAUAAUUUACUUAGUGCUGUACACUCAGAUGCUCUUGAGAUUAAAGCCAUCCAAGUGUCUACUGUAGAUGCAUUCCAAGGAGCAGAAAAGGAAAUCAUUGUUUUGUCUUGUGUGAGAACAAAACAAGUUGGGUUCAUAGACUCAGAAAAGAGAAUGAAUGUUGCUCUGACAAGAGGAAAGAGGCAUUUGUUGAUUGUGGGAAAUCUGGCCUGUUUGAGUAAGAACAAACUAUGGGGAUGCGUAAUUCACCACUGUGAAGGAAGAGAUAAUGGAUUGCAACAUGUAAGCCAGUAUGAGGAUCAACUGAACAACAUUCUUAAAUAUUACUUGGAGAAAAAGAAAGAAUAAGCAAAAGAAAGAAAUAAAAAAAAUCUCUUUCACAGCAGGAAA